UCCUCGGGAAAGACCGCGCCGAGACACCAGCGGCUGCAGUCGGCCACUCUCUCGGCGCGCGGCAGAGCUCUCCGCGCGACACUUAUAUUGUUUAUCCGCCAUUUUGUCCGACGACGGCCCCCAUCAGCCAUCGAAACAGUAGGAUACUAUACAGUAGUAUAUACCCCGCAACAGUCACACGGACAUACUCACACUCGGCCAGUGCAGUGCCUCGGUGCAGCCAGUCGCAGCGCAGUUUUCGGCCGUGGUAGCUGCUGUAUAGACAAGAGCCGUGCGUGUCGCGCGGCACUGCUGCUCUCUGGCCUAUUUAGCCGCGGCAUGAGGAGUCCGUGAAUUCCGCCCGAGAGAGACCCGUUAGCGACUCUCCUCUCCUCUCUCGCUCUCUCGUCGCGUCAGUAGUGCGCGAGAUACGCAGCAGCGAGCCUCGUCUUCUCCGUCAGCAUCAACGCCAGCUUACACAAACGGGGGCGCCGCGAUGGCUUCGCCGCGGCUGCUGUUUGUCCCCGAUGACAAGUAGUAGUCGGGCGCUCUAGCGUUGCGCCAAGCUUGCGUAUAAGAGCUGCCGCUGCUGCUGCUGCUGCUGCUGCCGAGCGGAGGAGAGACCCAGCUUUACCGACUUUCGCGCACCAGGCAGGAGAGGAGGAUCUGCUCGCCGAAUGGACAGUUUUCAAUAACCACUCGACAUUCACGCGAGCGCUGCACCGAGAUGUCCGGCCAAAGUGGAGGACGUUUGCAUCUUUCAACGCUCAACGAGCAGUUGACCUGCAAACUGUGUGGUGGUUAUUUCAUAGAUGCCACCACCAUUAUCGAGUGCCUACAUUCAUUUUGUAAGAGUUGCAUCGUCAAGUAUCUGGAGAGCAACAAGUUCUGUCCCGUGUGCGAUGCUCAAGUACACAAGAACAAGCCCUUGUCGAACAUCAGACCUGAUCAGACAUUGCAAGAUAUUGUAUACAAAUUGGUACCUGGUUGCUACCAAAAUGAAAUGCGAUGUCGAAAAGAGUUCUAUGCCAAGCACCCAGAAGAGAAAAACAGUGUUACAUCACCCGAAGCUCGGGGAGAACCCGUUGAAAGCUACAUCUAUUCUCCAGAUGAGUCACUCAGUUUGUCUCUGGAAUACUACAGUCCAGAGGCAGCAGAAGAAACAGAGAAUGAUAAAGAGGCAGCUUCGAAGCAUUUACCAAGGAGAUAUCUUCGAUGUCCAGCUGCUGUCACAGUUUUUCAUCUUCAAAAGCUUAUCAGGGCAAAAUAUGGCUUAAGCGAAGCACAUAGAGUAGAUAUCAUGUACAAAGAAGCACCGCUAUGUGCUACCUAUACACUUAUGGACAUAAUGUAUAUCUAUCAUUGGAGAAGAAAAGUUCCACUUCACCUAAGCUAUAGGAUAUUUGAAUCAGCUUCAAAACGAAUAAAAUUGUCAGAGGACAAUGAUGAGUUCAAACAGUCGCUCUCUAAUAGUAAUAUGGAACUUGAGUCGAAAGAUAAUGAACAAUCUAUAAAACGCGAGUGGAAAGAAGUUCAACUUAAGAUUUCUGAAACCGGGGUGAUGAGCGUCAUGGAUAUAUCGAGUUUAGAUUCAAAAAAGAGUACAAAAAUCAAUGAGAUUAAUCAACAGAGUGGCCUGGAUCAGGCAGCCUCGAACUCUUACAAUGUAAAUAAAACAGUGAUGAAGACGGAAGAGAAGGAAGCCGUGAAAUCGUGUGCGACGUCUUCAAAAAGCAAAAAAGUGCAACAAGACAGUUCAGCCAAAAAAAGUGAACAAGCGCAUGAAGAGAAAUCAAGUAAUGUGUCAUUGAGUGCAAUCUCCGCGUCUCAAAAUAAUUCCAAAAGUGAAGAGAUGGAAGUAAAAUCAAUUGAUCAACGCGAUUUGUCGAACGAACUUAUGAAAGCAGAUAACGUUAAAAACGAUAAUUCUUCGAAAACUCCGAAUGAUUCUGCCCAAACGCCGAGUACUGGUGACAAAAGUCAAGCACAAAAAGCGCAACAGCUGCUGGAGAAAAUCAAAACAGAACCCGUAAGCACAGCUGAUAAGCGCUCGGAAGGCAAACAAAACUUAACAAAUAAUAACUCUAUAAAUAACGAAAAUAAAGCAGAGGCGAAUGCAAAGCCUAACGCUAAGUCGAAUGACGCAAAAGGAUCGCCGAGUGCCGGUUCCAAAAUAAACGCGCUUAGUGCAAAACUGCAGUUUCAGCCUAAAGUCGGCCAAGUUAACAAUACUUACUCAAAAAAAUCAUCAGUAGCAGACAAAAAAGCUACUUCAACGUCUCCUGUGAAAACGACCGACACUAAACCACCGAAAACUACUAUAAAGUCAGAAGCUAAGCCAUCUGAAGGCUCUUCAAAUACUCCAGUCACAGAAUUGAAUGCAUCAAAAGUUGCAGUUACCUCGGUGUCGUGCUCGGGAGUUAGUAUCGCUAGCAGUUUAACUAGUGGCUCUUCUGUAGCUGCAACAUAUGUGACAGCACCUUCCACUUCGAUCGACACUUGUGCAACGUCUGUUAAACUCCAGCAGCAGCACAAUAAUGCUCUGCAGACUGUAGCAGCGCCCAGUACUGAGAGCCUUGCUUCGAUCGGACUGCAUGUGUCUACGACGAUGCCUAGUCAAGUGAAUCUCAACAGUUGGAUGGCCGAGCGCUCGAAGAACUCGUCCGGUAAAACCGCGAUGAGCCCAGAUAUACAGCUGCGUUCGAUGCCUGGUAUGCCUCAGAUAGGCAAGGAUAUUGUCUGCUCGACUACAGCCUCGAGUCCGUCUAGUUCCAUGGGACGAUUUAACAUCCAGACUCCGUCUAUGAGCAUUUACUCGAUCUCGACAACCAUGAAGAACAACGUGUACACAAGUGCUACUCAAAACUACAGUAAUAGCCCGAGCAAGCAGGCGAUGACGAAACCGGGCUUUGGCACAUCUAACAUGUAUCCGCAGGUACCGCCGUGUCCAGCUGCCAUACCUAUUUCACUUAUGAAACCGGCAAAGACCUCAAAGGGCACAACACUCAACGAGAUUUGCGCCAAAAUUAGUAAUGCAAGUAGCAGCGGAUCCAAGAUCAACGACAUAUGUGCCAAGAUCGGCGAAAGCUCCAAAGAAAAGAGCAAGAUCGAUGCGAUGCAGCAGCAGCUACAACGUAACAAACCCGAGGUUCCAGACUUGCUGAAAAUUUCGAAGAAGACUAUGAUGACACCAGUAAACGAGAGCAUCCACGGUAGCGGCAAGCAUAUACCAAACAUCCCGAACGUGCCGAUCUAUACACCAAGCAACAGUCAAGCACUUCAUGCCAGUAACGAAGCCGCUAAAGACAGCGUCAAGAGGCUUGCUACGGCUUUGGUGUCCUCGCAGGCUGCUCUAAUGACACCUCAGAUGCAGAAGAUGUCUCAGAAAAAGCACUCACAGGCAGUUGGCUACAAAACGCUUCGUGAUCCACCAAAGUCCUGGAAUCCGACUCUCUCCAAAAACAACUAUGUAGCAGCCAAAAAUCAAGCAAAGGAGAUGCAAAACCAAGCACAGGCAGCUUAUGGGAUGAAUGAUGGUAGCGGUACUGCAUCCAAGCAGCCAGCAUCAAAGCAGGCAAAAAUUUUCAAGAUCCGAAACAUGCCUCGUUAUUUGGGUAAUCCAGCGUCAGGUGUGAAACCGAUGUACGGUGUAGUUAACGAACAGUCCAAGGACAAGGAUCAAUCUACAAGCACGAAGAAUAAUAGCCCAACAAUGAGCAUGAUGAAGAUAGAUCCGCAAACACUCUCACCCAUCGUCUCAAGUCCUAAUAAUUCGCCGAUUGUUUCGCCACCACCUUACUCGCCAACAGCUCGCAGCUAUCAGAACAGCCCCUUCACGCCACGUGACAUUUGCCGUAACAGCAACUCGCCGAUCUCGCCUCGCAAUUCUCCGGUCAACAUGCUCUCAACGAAUCCGUUCAUACCUUCGCAGACGCAUAACACUAAUCCCCGGCUCAUCUAUUCGCAUUUCCCACCGACUUUCACUGAUGCCAGUCGCUUCUCUAAUCCUCUCAUCAGAUCGCCCAUCGGCAUAUCGCCCCCAAGUGCCUUCCAUAGCAGUAUGCCGCCCUCGAUAAACAAAUUCUAUCAGCGGUCUGGGUACAUGACUCAGCCUCAAACAAGUGUAGCAGUGGCUGCCGCCGCAGCCGCAGCUGCGGCCACUGCUAGCUUUUCGUCCGGUGUCACUGCUCAACAGCAACAGCAACAUGCCCCUGCUGUCCAACGGAUACCACCGAGCAGCCACUCAUCACCGGUGCCUACAGCUUCAUCUCCAUCUGCGUCUUCUCCCUCCUCUGCUUCCUCAAAGUCACCCAAGACAUCUUCAGCUUCACCCAGUGGAGCUGGUGCUACAAACGUGAAACUGACUACGACAACGACAACUAGCACGACGUCAACCUCGGUGGUCGACAGUGUAGCUCUUCAGCUUGCUAAAGGCCUUGCACAACGCGACUCUAAAAUCUACGAUCUCACAAGGACCGAUUCUCCCAAGCCUAGUUCGGAUAAUACCGGUGCUACAAAUCAGAAUGCGUCAGUUUUGCUGCAGUCAGCUCAAAUAGCCAAAAAGAGCAGUGAAAUAAGUAACAAGGCAAAAUCUUCACCGAGUGUUGAAGUCCAAAAAACUAGUGGCGAGACAUCAACAAAGCACAAUGAUCUAGACGCUACCAACAAAAGUUCACAACAGGAGGCGAAGAUCGCGAUCAGCACAGCGGCAACUGUAACGACAACGGCAGUAACAACUACCGUAACCAAAGAGCUAGACAAAGACGAAAAGAGCCACGCUAAGGUGAAUGGAGGUAUUACGAUAACAAUGACGAACAAUGAUAAGCCAAAGGUUGAUGCAGCUGGGCAAGAAAAACAAGAAAAAGUUGAAAAACCUACCGAGGAUAAAAGCAGCGUCGUAGAUGCGGCAACAGAAAGCGAAAAGUCGAACUCAGCAGCAUCUCCGUCGAAAUCUGCGCCCGGUAAGACUGUCGCCCAAGAAGCACCCCAAGAAAAGAUUGAAACAAAACAAAGUGUAACUGCUCCUCAGCAGAAGUUACAAAAUACUGAAGGUGGAAAGACGGGAGAUGCAGCGACAACGCUGCAAGGAAAGAAAAUCGUCGCGGAUGCGCAAAAAGAAAAAGCAGAGUCGUAAUUCACUUUUGGAUUGACCAAUGACAGGUAUUCGAAAGAACGGAAGAACGUUCAAUGUAAGCUGAUGUAAAUUUCUGUAAAUAUGAGUCAAAGAUCGAGAUCUAUCGUUUAAUUUUUUAUUAAUGCGAAUCGAAUUUCAUUCUUAUGGCAUCUUGUGUUGAGCACAGCAUUUAUCCAGAAUAUCUGUUGAGCACUUGAUAUUUUAUUUUCUUUAGCCGAUGAUUUGGCCGUUUAUUGGCCAGUAAAAGAUUGUUAAACAGUAAUAUUAUAUUGCAGUCUUCACUAACUUCGAGUCACACCAUUAUAUACAUUAACAAACAGCAACUUUUUCUUCAUCGAGCACGAGCGAGACUCAAAAGAAUAGCGAACGUAAUUUUCUAUCAUUAUUUGUUUUACUUUUUUAGGCUUUAGAUAAGGUGUUUUUUAUGAACUCCUACAUUUGCUUCCUUAAAAGCCUAAAAGGGCAGCUACUAUUCAAUAAUCUUUUACGUUUAUGGGUAGCUCCUUGUACGGCGUGACGCGCGCAUAAUUUGUUUAUAUCGACGAGAAAAGUGACAAAAUGCGAUGCAUCGCUUGUAACAACUAUUUAAAUAGUCAUAUACUCGAAUCAACACAAUCUUACAUGCUUUCAGAGAAUUCGUUAGUCGAAUCGCAAUAUUGUACACACGUAUACACAUAUGUAAAACGAUGAUCGCUGUCUAUUCGUUUUAUAGAUUGUCUACCUAGAAUCUGUCGUUUCUGAACUUGCGUCAAUGCUGAAGCUUUAACUGUUCGAUUUCUUUUAAAUAUCAGAUGCACAAAACGAGUCCUUAUUUUUUAUAGGUAAUAAUGUAAAUAAACGUAAAGUGGAACAUUGUCUACAAGUGUAGUUCGUUAUAAUUGCAAUCAAAUAAUAUUUGAUUAUAAUCCUUUAAAAAUUUUAACUGAUGAACAAAAUUCAGAUCAAGCUAAAUUUUAUACAAUUUAAAUGCUUGAAUGGAUUCUUUUUAUUUUCCAACCAAUGAGAUUGAAACAAUGUAACAUAUGUUUAAUUACAUUUUAACAUAUAAAUUUUAAAUAAUUUAGUCAUAUUACUACAGCGAUUAGUAAUUCAUUUGUACGUUAACUUAAUUGUUUGUAAGUUAUAGUGUUUUAAACGAAUUUAUUCGUCUUGCGCAAAUACGAACAGUCAUAACUUCAGUUUAUACGCUUCACUUGAUAGCAUACAAUUUGUCAAUCAACUGAAUAUAUAAAUAUAACAAAAUCAUUUCCGUUUCUUAACUGUUUAUAGACGUUCAUAGAGAUCAUCAAGUCAAGUGGUUAUAAAAUAAAUAUUAAAGUGUUAGAUGUACCUUAUUGAAUUAAUAUAAUGUUAUUUAAAAAACGCAUUUUUAUAUCAUAGGUUGACAAAUUUGUAUAGUUUACAGCCUCGAAUAUUUUUUAUCUUAUCGUAUCAAAGCAUAGAUUUUAAAUGUUUUAAUUACCUUUUUUUAAUAAACUAAUUUUCAAUAUUACAGUGUUUAGGUAAACUCUAAAAUAUUAAUAAUUGCAUAAAAACGGAAGUUUAUUUUCUAAAAAAAGAGGUGUAUGACAUUUUAUGAACGAUGUAUAUUCAAAAUAUUCGAGGACUAAGAGAUGUAGUAGUGAAAUGCCCGAGGCCUUAUCUUAUAUUGAGUAAAUGGACGCGGAACAAUAAAUUUAUUCGAUGAUAAAUCUGCAACUUGUAUUGCACGACUCUAGUAAAUAAUAAUCUAACGCUGUGAUCGUUAAACCGUUUUCAUGCAAACGGACCAUGCGAUAUUUUCUCCGCUGAAAACAGAGUAUCUUUCUUCUAAAUUUAGGAGAAUUUAUCGCCCGUAAAAAAAGAAAAGAUUGACGAAAUUAUAUAUUAUCGUACUUUUUUUAAAUAAUGAAAAAUUUGGGAAGCGAAUCAGAUGCGGAAAAUGUGUUUGAACAAAACUAUUGACAGCAUGUGUAAAACGCGAUAUGAAAAACGAAAAUCCAGUAAUGAAUGCAACAGAUUCACUUAUCCUUCUUUUUUUAGAAUGGAGUGCAGCUCCAAUUUAUUUGUACAUAGUGUAUCAUGUUUAAAGAAUUUAUAUAUGAAGCGAUAAUUGAAAAUUAUUAUAUUAUUAAUAUAAUUAUGUAUUUAAUACUUAAGGACAUACUGAUAGUAUCUUUCUUUGUUGUCUGAAGAUAUUAAUUUCUAGAUAAAUAUUUGACAGGAGAGUAAUGUAUUUUUAAUCAGUUAUUACAUAUGGAUCAGGAGAUGUUUUUCCUCUUUCAUGCAAAAAUAUAAUAGAAUGCACCAGUA